AUGGCAGACGAGACGGUGAAAAAAGACAAGAAGGAGGAAAGGAAGGAAAAGGAGAAGGAUGACAAAAAGGUCAUGAAGACCAAGAAAGAGAAGAAGGAGAAGGAAGGUGAGAGGGGCAGAUCGCCCAAGAAAGCAAAGAAGGAGAGAAAGACGGCUGAGAAAAGUGAGACGAGUGAGAAGAAGACGGCAGAGAAACCCAUCGUCUUCGUUCCCGUGGUGUGCAAGAAAGCUGGGCAGGUGUUUGAGACACCAGAGACCAAGAAGCGGGUGCCUUCACCGAAUGCCCCGGAGCCCGAUGACAAGAAGAAGAAGAGAAGAUCGGUUUCCCCAGCACUGUCUCUACCCAGCACAAGCACUGCAGUGGCCAAAGUGGCUGAAAUGACAUCCUUGAUGGAAGAGAAUGAUAGCGGCAGUGAAGCCGAAAGUCCCAGCCAAGAAGCGGCAUCAGAUCCAUCAUCAGAGGAAGAGAAGUAUGAUGAAGAAAGCCCAGAAAGCAAAGAAGAAGAAGAAGGAGAAGCCGGAGCUGGCGACAAGGAGGAAGACGAGAGUGAAGACGCGUCGGACGAGGAGGACGAAGAUGACGGUGAGGACGCAGAGGGAGAUGACGAUGAGGAGGAAGAAGAAGAGGAGGAAAAUGACCAAAGCAGUGAAGCAGAAGAGGAAGGAAAGGAGGAAGGCGGCAAGGAGGCGGAAGCCAAGGAGGGAAAAGAAGAUGAGGCAGCCCCGCAGCAUGCCCUUGUAGCAGUUACAAAGGCAACAGCAGAAACGGCUCUGGUUCCCGUGCGCAACAGCACGACCAAUAAGAAGGAGUGGGACUCUUUCUGCCGAAGCAAGGGACGGUUCAAGGUACAUGAGUACUAUACCCAAAACAAACUUGACUGCUUCAACAUGUGGAUGGACAUGGGGAAGGAUUGGGACAAGGAAGCUUGGUACUACAUGCCAGCCCCUAAGAAGAUCACCCACAAGGAUGUCGUUUCUGAGAGUACGGUACUCCAUGCAAAGACCAGUGUGGACCCAGAACUUCAAAAGGCCCUUUGCAAUGAAGAAGAUGGAUUCAUGCGACCUGGCGCUAUGCCUGCUGUGACAACAGCGUCAGCUGCUGGCACCAAAACGCUCUUGGAAGCUGUUGCUAAGGAAGCCUGUGCAAAGAAGAAGUCAAAGCCUCAGCCGAAAGAGAAGUCAGAGGAAGUGGUUCCCCAGACAGCCAAAGAAAAGGUGACUGAAGCGAUUGGCAAUGUUCUGAAGGAGGUCGGGGUUGCUAGAACAGCAGCCAUCACGUUGCAAGGUCUUGAAUACGCAGACAAUCUGAGCCAAGCCAUCAAGAGCCAUGCUGAUGGCGUUGAAGCCUACUACUCUGAAGUUCAAAGGACUUUGAAAGGAUCCCCAUCAGAAAAGGAACUUGCAAAGGUUCUGCAAAAGAUCGAGGAAAAGUCGCAAGCCACGAAGAAGCUUCAGGCUGCAGCCAACGCAUUCCUGGCCAACAGCACGGGCAAAAGCAACACGGCCAUUGCCAGGAAGCGACAGAGAUUUGAAUCCACGACUUCAGUAGCAAAGGCCGUCAACAAAACGGCCGCAGAUCUCGCCUGCUGGUCGAUCCAGUGUGCAAUGCGAGGCACGGCACCUGAAGUCGGCUUUCGUGGUGAGCCCCUCAAUGGCCACCGUUUGGCCAUGUCUGGGAAACCAUUGGCACAAGGUUGGAGGGCCUGCUACUUUGCUAUGAAGGCCGACCUCAAGGCCCGAAAAUGGAUGCAUGGUUUCAAUCGCUACUACAAGGCCGGUUGGAUGUGUGACAGCUGUCUUGCAUGUUCGGGCACCAAAUGUGAUGAGAGAAUGCACUACAAGAAUUUUGGGCCUGGAAAAGCUUGGGACCACACCUUGAUCAACCACAGCAUGUACCUGUCGAUGCCGGGCGAGCUCAGUCCGUGGUCUACGGUGCCAGGGUGGAGCUUGGAGUCUACGACAUUUGAUUUCAUGCACAACCUGUAUCUGGGAACUGGGAGGGAUCUUGUAGGAUCUACGUUCAAGUGCCUUAUCUGGCGAGGUGCUUACUCCCAUCUACCAAUGACUGACAUGAAUUCCAUUUUGGCUGUCAUGCAAGAAGAGAUGGUUCACGAAUGUCGGCAAUGUGGGUUGUACCUUCCCAGAAAACCGAAUCUGACGGAAGCAAGCCUGAGCGACAAAGACUACUCCGAACUCAGCACGAAGUUCAAAGCCUGUCAUGUCAAGAUCAUGGUGUACUGGAUUGCCAAAAAAACGAAAGAGGCAGCUGAGUCACACCCCCAAGACAUCGUUCUACAAGUUCUGGCAACUUGCUGCUUCGCCUUGCAGAAAUGCAUUACCAUACUGGACAAUGAGGGGUUGAUUUUAGAUCACAACACAGCUGCUGAAGCUUCGGACAUGCUGCUACUUCAUGUCAAAGCAUACGCUUGGUUGGCAGCUUUUUUUUACACAGAGAGGAAGAUGAUUUUUAGAAUCCGACCAAAGCUGCACUACAUUUGGCACCAAGCCAUGCAAUUGAAAAAGUGGCGUAUAAACAUAGGUGCCUUUGCAACGUUUCAUGAUGAAUCGUUCCUUGGAAAAAUCAAGGCAGUUGCAACAGCUUGUCAUGGAAAAACUAUGACUGCUAGAGUUUAUGAGCGGUAUAUUUUAUGUUUAGCCCUCUUGGUGCACCAGCAUCAACAGUUGGAUGAAGCCACUGCUUGAACAGGGGGCGUUGGGGUUGGAUACAAAC